CCUCUUUCCUCUUCUACUUCUUCUCCUUCUUUCUCCCUUAUUCUCCCUCUUCUUUCAUCAUCUCCUCCUCCUCCAAAAAAACCCUCAUCUACUCUUCAUAAAGUCAGAUAGACUUUUGACAUCUAUCUUCCUUACUACUACAGGAAGUAGAACCCUUCAGUCUUCUUCACAAACCCUUCACCUCUCUCUCUUCACAACCCACAGCCAAGAUGGUUCAAUCAGCUAUCCUCGGUUUCCCUCGCAUGGGUGCGAACCGUGACCUCAAGAAGGCCACCGAGAACUACUGGGGUGGAAAGAUCACCCAGGAUGAGCUCCUCGCUGAGGCCAAGCGCCUCCGUCUUGCUCACUGGAAGAUCCAGAAAGAUGCCGGUGUCGACAUCAUCCCAUCCAACGACUUCGCUCUCUACGAUCAGGUCCUUACCCACAUCCAGGACUUCAACGCUGUCCCAGAGAGGUACACCAAGUACAAGCUCAACGCUGUUGAUGAGUACUUCGCUAUGGGCCGUGGUCUCCAGAAGGAGGGCGUCGAUGUCCCAUCUCUGGAGAUGGUUAAGUGGUUCGAUUCGAACUACCAUUACGUCAAGCCAACCCUCCAGGACAACCAGGAGUUCAAGCUUGUUGAGAGCCCAAAGGCUGUCAACGAGUUCGUUGAGGCCAAGGAGGCUGGCAUCACCACCCGCCCCGUCCUCGUUGGACCAGUUUCUUUCCUUGCCCUCGGAAAGCCAGACCGUAACCAGACCGUUGACCCAAUCUCUUUGAUUGACAAACUUGUCCCAGUUUACAUUGAGCUCCUCAAGAAGCUCAAGGCUGCCGGUGCUGAGACCGUCCAGAUCGAUGAGCCAACCCUGGUCUUCGAUCUCGCACCAAAGGUCAAGGCUGCCUUCAAGCCAACCUACGAGAAGCUUGCCGCUCUCGGAGAUGCCAUCCCCAAGAUCGUUCUCGCCACCUACUUCGGUGACAUCGUCCACAACGUCGAUGCCCUUCCCCAGGACAUCUACGGUCUCCACAUCGACCUUGUCCGCAACCCAGAGCAGCUCGAUGAGGUUGUCAAGGCCCUUGGCCCAAAGACCAUCCUCUCUGCCGGUGUUGUCGAUGGUCGCAACAUCUGGAAGACCAACCUCAAGCGUGCCAUUGAGGUCGUUGAGUCCGCCAUCCAGAAGGUUGGCAAGGAGCGUGUCAUUGUCGCCACCUCCUCUUCCCUCCUCCACACCCCUCACACUCUCGCCAGCGAGAAGAAGCUUGACGCUGAGAUCGCCGAUUGGUUCUCCUUCGCCGUCGAGAAGGCUGCUGAGGUUGCCAUCAUCGCCAAGGCCGUCACCGAGGGCCCAGACUCCGUCCGUGAGGCCCUUGAGGCCAACGCCAAGUCUGUCCAGGCUCGUGCUACCUCCAAGCGCACCAACGACCCCGCCGUCAAGGACCGCCAGUCGAAGGUUACCCCAGCCAUGUACAACCGCAAGUCUGAGUUCCCUGUCCGUAUCUCCCAGCAACAGGAGAAGCUUGGCCUCCCAAUGUUCCCCACCACCACCAUUGGUUCCUUCCCCCAGACCAAGGAGAUCCGCAUUUACCGUAACAAGUUCACCAAGGGCGAGAUCACCGCUGCUGAGUACGAGAAGUUCAUUGAGAAGGAGAUCGAAGAGGUUGUCAAGAUCCAAGAGGAGCUUGACCUCGAUGUCUACGUUCACGGUGAGCCGGAGCGUAACGACAUGGUCCAGUACUUUGGUGAGCGUCUCGAUGGUUAUGCUUUCACCACCAACGGAUGGGUUCAGUCUUACGGUUCCCGCUGCGUUCGCCCACCGAUUGUUGUCGGUGAUAUCUCCCGCCCAGCCCCAAUGACCGUCAAGGAGUCCAAAUACGCCGUCUCCAUCUCCAAGAAGCCAAUGAAGGGAAUGUUGACUGGCCCAAUCACCUGCCUCAGAUGGUCGUUCCCCCGUGACGAUGUUCACCAGUCCGUCCAGGCUGAGCAGCUUGCUCUUGCUCUCCGUGAUGAGGUUGUUGACCUCCAGAACGCCGGUGUGUUCGUCAUCCAGGUCGAUGAGCCCGCUCUCCGUGAGGGUCUUCCCCUCCGCGCCGGCAAGGAGCGCGUUGCCUACCUCGACUGGGCCGUCAAGUCUUUCCGCCUGUCCGUCGCCGGUGUUGAGGACUCCACCCAGAUCCACUCUCACUUCUGUUACUCCGAGUUCCAGGACUUCUUCCACGCCAUCGCCGCCCUCGAUGCCGAUGUCCUCUCCAUCGAGAACUCCAAGUCCGAUGCCAAGCUCCUCAAGGUCUUCGUCGACGAGGCCUACCCCCGCCACAUCGGCCCAGGUGUCUACGACAUCCACUCUCCCCGUAUCCCAAGCGAGCAAGAGAUCAAGGACCGCAUCGAGGAGAUGCUCCAGUACCUCAAGCCAGACCAGCUCUGGAUCGACCCCGACUGUGGCCUUAAGACCCGCCAGUGGGCCGAGACCAAGGCCGCCUUGGUCAACAUGGUCAACGCCGCCAAGUUCUUCCGUGAGAAGUACGCCAAGUCCACUUAAAGUGGCAGUUUGAUACAUAAUUAUAUGAUAAUAGUAGUUGUGAUCAUUAUGAAGGGGACGAUCUCAACAUCGGCGUUCUCUGGGUUUUGGGCAAGAGGGUCUAAAAAGAUACUAUGGGUGGGAUUUCAACAGCAUUGUGGGAAGCGGUAUAAGGGUGUCCAUCAACCGGGCAGACCCAAUCAGGCGUUUUGAUCUUUUUACCUCAGCGGAUUUAUUUGACUUUCUCAUAGAUGGAUUUCAUCUGUUGUGUAGAAGGUUGGCGGGGAAGUAGUUAAAAAAAAUACAAGCCCAUUCAACCGGGAA